GUAGGCAGGCCCGGCUGCGGGAGCCGCUCCUAUGGCAACCCGCGAGCUGCGGCGGCUUCAUGAAUAUUCCGGGGCGCGGGAGCCCAAGAGCUGCCGGAGGGCGCUCCGGGGGAGGCGGCCGCUGAUGUAAGCCCGGCGGGCCCCUGGGCUCCGCUCGGCUGCGGCGGGAGCCCCGGGACCGGCCGGCCCAGCUCAGUCAAGGAGGCGAGGCUAGCUGGCGAGGCACCUGCCACAGAGCCCCGGCGGCGAGACAGACUAACAGCCCGCUAGCCCGCGGGACGCUUGCCGGGGAGGCGCAAGAGCAGCGCGCUCUGCGCUCUGGAGAGGUCCCUGGAGCACCGCGACCGCAGCACCGCUUCUGCCCGCGCCCAUUGUUCCCCGCGGGGGCGGGGCGCCUGGAGCCGGGCCGCGCGCCGCGCCCCUGAACGCGGGAGGGAGGAAUAGGGAGGGAGCGCGGGGUCCCCGCGCCCAGCCCGGCCUGGGAGGAGGCGCAGCGCGGCGAGCCGGGGGACCCGGAGCCGGACUGGGAGCCACCCCGUGGCGCGCAGCCUUCCCGAGUAUGGGUUCCUGAGGCAGCCCCGCGCUGGCGGCGAAGGACGCGUCCCCACAGGCGGACUGACAGGCGGGCGGACCUGGAGCCAGCCCCCAGCUCCGCACCCGCACCCCUAUCCCCGGCUGGGUCCCGGCUCCCGGCACCAUGGACAAGCUGCCGCCGUCCAUGCGUAAGCGGCUCUACAGCCUCCCGCAGCAGGUGGGGGCCAAGGCGUGGAUCAUGGACGAGGAAGAGGACGCAGAGGAGGAGGGUGCCGGGGGCCGCCAAGAUCCCAGCCGCAGGAGCAUCCGACUGCGUCCCCUGCCCUCGCCCUCGCCCUCGCCCUCGCCCUCGGCAGCUGCGGGCAGCACGGAGUCUCGGGGUGCGGCCCUCGGGGCGGCGGACAACGAGGGGCCGGCCCGCAGCGCGGGCAAGUCCAGUACGAACGGAGACUGCAGGCGCUUCCGCGGGAGCCUGGCCUCGCUGGGCAGCCGGGGCGGCGGCAGCGGUGGAGUAGGGAGCGGCAGCAGUCAUGGGCACCUGCAUGACUCCGCGGAGGAGCGGCGGCUCAUCGCGGAGGGCGACGCGUCCCCCGGCGAGGACAGGACGCCCCCAGGCCUGGCGGCCGAGCCCGAGCGCCCCGGUGCCGCGGCGCAGCCCGCAGCCUCGCCACCGCCGCCCCAGCAGCCGCCUCAGCCGGCCUCCACCUCCGGCGAGCAGCCCUCCACGGACACUGCUAUCAAAGUGGAGGGAGGCGCGGCCGCGAGCGACCAGAUCCUCCCUGAGGCGGAGGUGCGCCUGGGCCAGGCCGGCUUCAUGCAGCGCCAGUUCGGGGCCAUGCUUCAACCCGGGGUCAACAAAUUCUCGCUGAGGAUGUUCGGCAGCCAGAAAGCCGUGGAGCGCGAGCAGGAGAGGGUUAAGUCAGCCGGGUUUUGGAUUAUCCACCCCUACAGCGACUUCAGAUUUUACUGGGAUCUGACCAUGCUGCUGCUGAUGGUGGGAAACCUGAUCAUCAUUCCUGUUGGCAUCACCUUCUUCAAGGAUGAGAACACCACACCGUGGAUCGUCUUCAACGUGGUAUCAGACACAUUCUUCCUGAUCGAUUUGGUCCUCAACUUCCGCACAGGGAUUGUGGUGGAGGACAACACAGAGAUCAUUCUGGACCCGCAACGGAUAAAGAUGAAGUACCUAAAAAGCUGGUUUGUGGUGGAUUUCAUCUCCUCCAUUCCUGUGGACUACAUCUUCCUCAUUGUGGAGACACGCAUUGACUCAGAGGUCUAUAAGACUGCUCGGGCCCUGCGAAUCGUCCGAUUCACCAAGAUCCUCAGCCUCCUGCGCCUCUUGCGUCUCUCCCGCCUCAUUCGAUAUAUUCACCAGUGGGAAGAGAUCUUCCACAUGACCUACGACCUGGCCAGUGCCGUGGUGCGCAUUGUGAACCUCAUCGGCAUGAUGCUCCUGCUCUGCCACUGGGACGGCUGCCUGCAGUUCCUGGUGCCCAUGCUGCAGGACUUUCCCGACGACUGCUGGGUGUCCAUCAACCACAUGGUGAACAACUCGUGGGGGAAGCAGUACUCAUAUGCCCUCUUCAAGGCCAUGAGCCACAUGCUGUGCAUUGGAUAUGGACGGCAGGCGCCCGUGGGCAUGUCUGACGUCUGGCUCACCAUGCUCAGCAUGAUUGUGGGUGCCACCUGCUACGCCAUGUUCAUCGGCCACGCCACUGCUCUCAUCCAGUCCCUGGACUCCUCCCGGCGCCAGUACCAGGAGAAGUAUAAGCAGGUGGAGCAGUACAUGUCCUUCCACAAGCUCCCGCCCGACACCCGGCAGCGCAUCCAUGACUACUAUGAGCACCGCUACCAGGGCAAGAUGUUCGAUGAAGAGAGCAUCCUGGGCGAGCUGAGUGAGCCACUGCGGGAGGAGAUCAUCAACUUUAACUGCCGGAAACUGGUAGCCUCUAUGCCACUGUUUGCCAAUGCAGACCCCAACUUUGUAACCUCCAUGCUGACCAAGCUCCGCUUUGAGGUCUUCCAGCCAGGGGAUUACAUCAUCCGUGAGGGCACCAUUGGCAAGAAGAUGUACUUCAUCCAGCAUGGCGUGGUCAGUGUGCUCACCAAGGGCAACAAGGAGACCAAGCUGGCUGAUGGCUCCUAUUUUGGAGAGAUCUGCUUGCUGACCCGGGGCCGGCGUACAGCCAGUGUGAGGGCCGACACCUACUGCCGCCUCUACUCACUGAGUGUGGACAACUUCAAUGAGGUGCUGGAGGAGUACCCCAUGAUGCGGAGGGCCUUCGAGACUGUGGCGUUGGACCGCUUGGACCGUAUUGGCAAGAAGAAUUCCAUCCUCCUGCACAAGGUCCAGCAUGACCUCAACUCGGGCGUCUUCAACUACCAGGAGAAUGAGAUCAUCCAGCAGAUCGUGCAACAUGACCGUGAAAUGGCCCACUGUGCGCACCGUGUCCAGGCCGGCGCCUCUGCCACCCCAACCCCCACGCCUGUCAUCUGGACCCCGCUGAUCCAGGCGCCACUGCAGGCUGCCGCUGCCACCACUUCUGUGGCCAUAGCUCUCACCCACCACCCUCGCCUGCCUGCUGCCAUCUUCCGUCCUCCCCCAGGACCCGGGCUGGGCAACCUCGGGGCUGGGCAGACGCCAAGGCACCUGAAGCGCCUGCAGUCCCUGAUCCCUUCUGCUCUGGGCUCCGCCUCACCUGCCAGCAGCCCAUCCCAGGUGGACACGCCAUCUUCAUCUUCCUUCCACAUCCAACAGCUGGCUGGAUUCUCUGCACCCGCUGGACUGAGCCCUCUCCUGCCCUCGUCCAGCUCGUCCCCUCCGCCAGGGGCCUGUGGCUCCCCACCAGCCCCCACACCAUCCACUGCUGCUGCCGCCUCCACCACGGCCGGGUUUGGCCACUUCCACAAGGCUCUGGGUGGCUCCCUGUCUUCGUCCGACUCCCCGCUGCUCACCCCACUGCAGUCAGGGGCCCGUUCCCCGCAAGCUGCCCAGCCACCACCCCCACUGCCGGGGGCCCGGGGAGGCCUGGGACUCCUGGAGCACUUCCUGCCUCCUCCUCCCUCAUCCAGGUCCCCGUCAUCUAGCCCUGGGCAGCUGGGCCAGCCUCCCGGGGAUUUGUCCCCAGGUCUGGCCACUGGCCCACCAAGUACACCAGAGACACCCCCACGGCAGCCCGAGAGGCCAUCUUUCAUGGCAGGGGCCUCUGGAGGGGCUUCCCCUGUAGCCUUUACCCCCCGAGGAGGUCUUAGCCCCCCUGGCCAGAGCCCAGGCCCCCCAAGAACUUUCCCAAGUGCCCCACCCCGGGCCUCUGGCUCCCAUGGUUCCCUGCUGCUGCCACCCGCCUCCAGUCCCCCACCACCCCAGGUUCCUCAGCGCAGGGGCACACCACCCCUCACCCCAGGCCGCCUCACCCAGGACCUCAAGCUUAUCUCAGCCUCUCAGCCAGCCCUCCCCCAGGAUGGGGCACAGACUCUCCGCAGAGCGUCCCCGCACUCCUCAGGGGAGUCUGUGGCUGCCUUCCCGCUCUUCCCCAGGGCCGGGGGCAGCAGCGGGGGAAGUGGAAGCAGUGGAGGCCUUGGUCCUCCUGGGAGGCCACAUGGUGCCGUCCCUGGCCAGCAUGUCACUCUGCCUCGGAAGACAUCCUCAGGUUCUUUGCCACCCCCUCUUUCAUUGUUUGGGGCAAGAGCCACCUCUUCUGGGGGACCCCCUCUGACUGCUGCACCCCAGAGGGAACCUGGGGCCAGGUCUGAGCCUGUGCGCUCCAAACUGCCGUCUAAUCUAUGAGCCGGGCCCCCCCCCCUCCCUCUCUUUUUUUCCUCCCUUCUUUUCUUCCUUCAGGUUUAACUGUGAUUAGGAGAUAUACCAAUAACAAUAAUAAUUAUCAUUUAAAAAAAAUCCCCCCCACACACCCCAGAAAAACAAAAGACAGCAGAAAAUAACCAGGUAUUCUUAGAGCUAUAGAUUUUUGGUCACUUGCUUUUAUAGACUAUUUUAAUACUCAGCACUAGAGGGAAUGAGGGAGGGAGGGGGAGGGAGCGGGAGGGGAGCAGGCAAGGCCCAAAGGCAAAAGCCAGAGGAAGGCAGGUGGGUUCUCUGGGGUGGGGCAGGGAUGGGGGUGACCCAUGUCUGGGGUUCCUAGAGCAGACCUGUCAUUGUACUCAUUUCAGAACAAGAGCUACCAUCAGCCCCUUGGCUGUGAACUUGGAGCCCCACUCUGUUGGGGGUCGUCAUAUUCCUCCAGGAAGGGGCUGUCCUUGGGUGUGUUCCUGGGGAGGCUCAGACACUUGAGUCCUUGGGACAAAUUGGGGCCGGGGCCCCAAGGGCCUUGCAUUUUUUUCUACUGUUAUCGUAGCAAGAUAUGUAUAUGAAUAUGUAUAUGUAUAUGUAUGUAAGAUGUGUAUACGUAUAGCUAUGUAGCGCUCUGUAGAGCCAUGUAGAUAGCCACUCACAUGUGUGCAUACAUGUGUGCAAUCUAGUUUAACCCUAUGUUGCCAGGACACCCAGGUCACCUUACAUCCAGCAAUCCGCCGUGGCCCGCAGGCUGGGCACCGCAGGGUCUGGGGAUGUACUCUCUCCAGUCCUCAGGGAAGAGGACCCCCAGGACCUCGCAGCAGACCCUUCUUUCCCCAUCUCUGGGCCCAAAUCCAGUCCUAGCCUGACCUCUCACCACUGGGAAGCAGAAGACUUGGGGCUGAACCUCGCCCUUCCCAGGGCCUCAAGCACACCGUCACCUCCGUGGCCCUCAGUGUUCCCAGCUAAACAAGGGAGGUGAGGGAACUUCUGUUUAUUGAGUCUGCUCUGUGCCAAGCACUGGUUUUGCACUUUACACACAUUAACUCCUUCAGUCUCACAAAGACCGUGAGGUGGUACUUUGAUUCUCCCCAUUUCACAGAUGAGGAAAAUGAGUUCUUGGUAAUUUUUCCAGAAUCAUGUAAGCAGGAGCAGCAGGGCUGGGACUAAUGAGAUGUAGAUCUGUGCCCACCCAAGGCCAGAGCCUAUCAGAAAAGUGUGUUGUGAGGGGAUGAGUUAGAUGGCCCCAAGCCUGGUGCACAGGGAAGAGAUCAGAGUCUGGCCAUAAUCAGGCUUGGGUUCUAAUAGUAGCCCUGCCACUUAGCUUUGGGACCUUGGGCAAAUUAUCUGACCUUUCUGAAUCUGUUACCUCAUUUGUAAAAUGAAAAUGAUUAUGGUACUGCCUCACAAGGAUCUAUGAGAACCAGAUAAGAAAAAGAACAUACGUGAAAUGCCCAGCCCAGCGCCUGGCAUACAGCAUAGUAGGUGCUCAAUAAAUCACGUUUCUUCUGCCCCCUCCUCAUGUGCCCAGCCCAUUACUCCAGCGAGCUGUGGUGAGAACCCAGAGAGCUUUGCCUGAGGACUCCAAGUCUUAAAAUCUCAGGACUCAGGAGGUGGCCAAGGGAGAUGUGUGGACAGUGGUUGGCUUGGGCCAGGCCUUGAGAUGUAGGAGGAAUUGGAGAGAGGGAGGAAGGCAGGGGGCAUGGAGUGGCAGGUGUGGGCCAGAGCACGCGGAGGGGCGAUUACCAAGGCAGAUGUGGAGCUGGGCUUCGGGAGGAGACUCACGAGCUACAGGGCAGAGGCAGGGCCUUGGAUGGCAGGCCACGGGGCUGAGCUGUACUUGGUUCUGAAGGCAACUAGAGGCCACAAGCAGGUUCAUGGGGACGGGCACAAAGUGAAAGCGGCUGAAGUAUCCCGAGGCUCAACUGUCCUCUCCAAUAGGACACUGGCAGAGCCAAGGGCAGAGGCAGGUGUGGCCAUAAGACCUGCAUGAGGACUGCUUGUCCACGCAGAGCUCUCCAUGCUCCAAGCCAGAGGGUAGGCAAGAUCAGGUUGCCCUGCGCUGUUCUGGGACAAGAGACAGGCUGAGUUAGUGGCCUGUAGAUGGUGUCAGGGAACUGGAGGCAAUAAUCCAGGAGAGAAGGGGCCAAGGUCCUGGGAUCCUAGGUGAAGACUAGCAACCGUUGGCCCGAGUUUCCACAGGGCUGGAAAAGCCUCUUAGGACCCAGAGAGUUCUUAGACCUGAUAGGAUCUAAGCUUCAACCUGAGUUCUACAAGCCCCCACCUUCUUGCCCCCCAAAGAAGGCAGCUCAGAGGAGGCAGCAGGCCUGGAAGGGGCAGGAGUGGAGUUGGAGGGUCCAGGGCACAUGGGGUGAGGAUCCCCUUGAGGCCGGGGCCUGGCCUAGCCACCCUCUUCUUGACUCACACCACAUUUUAUAAACUCUGACCCAGGCUGGCCUCUCUGGGGAGACUGUAGAGAGGCCAGGUCGUCAGUGGGCCCUCCCAUCCCUAAUCCCCACAAGCAAUUUUCAAAUCUUCCACUUUUAAAACAGAAAACGGUAAAUGCACCGUGUUGUAUAUUUUAUUUAAAUAAAAAAAUUCCAGCAAA